AUGUCCGUGGAAGAUUUUAAAUAUUACUUAGAAUGUCUGUGUUCGUCAUUUCGUUCAAUAAAAGAUGAAGAUUCUCAGGUAAAAAGCUUACGUUUGCUAGAGAAUGCAGUUCAUGAUCUUACCUCAUUUUUGUGUCGACGAAAGUUGGAAAAUAAUGCCAGUCGAACAGUCACUCAAGAAGCUGAAUGGCUUAUACAGGAAACAUAUGGAGAAGCUUGGUCAGAACAGAAUCAGAAUCCAGCUGUCGUUGGAAAUCAGUUUGAAGAUUUUCUUUAUAAUCAUGCAGCUGCCAAUGAAACUGAACAUGACUAUCUUAUGACAGCUUUAUUCGACUGUGGUGUUAACAGUAGCAGUGAUUUUACUAGUGAAGAAUUGUCCUCAAAUGAGCAAGCGGUUGAUAACACUUAUCAUAAAGGAUGUUCAAAUAUAUCGGGUUCACUUUUUGGAGCAUGUCCUAUGAACAAGUCACUAAAUUCGACGAAAAAAACUAACAACAUUCAUCAGUCCGAAAAAAUGGAAUGUGCCUCAUUGGAUGUUGGCGCUAUUAUUUAUCAAAAUUUUAACAAAGUUGGAAGGCCAAAAACUGGAAUUAAUUUGACAUGUGCAACGUGCGGUAUAACUUUUGAGAGCAGAAAACAGCUAUAUAGUGUUUUAUGUGCAUUUUGUGGAAAAGGCUUUAAAGAAGUGGGUGCGAUGAAAAUUCACAUACGAUACGUUCACGAAAAAAGCAAAAAUAUGGUGUGCACGAAGUGUGAGAAACGUUUUGUUACUUCAUCAGAUUUGGUUCGUCAUAUGCAGAUUUGUCAUAUGUUUUUUAAAUUGUAUCCUUGUACGUUGUGCGGUAAGGAAUUCAAAACUCUGGCUAAUGCUAGACAUCAUCGUCUUGAAAAUUGCGAAUGCAAAUUAUAG